AUCUACUUUCCGCUGGCAUCAUUUGCGCCUUACAGAGAGAAGGCUGGUGAAGUCUCACCAACGGCUGCAUAUGAUUUUAACAUUGUAUGCCGAAAAAAAACAACCCUUUUGAUUUUCAUCUGAACUGGGUGCAGCUUUGCCGAUACUUUGCCUUGCCACGUUACCAUAUGCCCGUUUCUCUUUAAAAAUUGUGUUUUAGGAUAGUAUGUCAGCUAGUUAAUUGAUUUGUGUCAGUAGAGCAAUAAGUUAGCUAUCAACUAAAGGGAGACAAUUAUUUCCUAUUAUCAGUCGACUGUUCCUUUCACGUCUACCCUCUUUAAAGCCAGCUGUCCUUGUUGAAUCAAGACUAAAAGCGACUCUUCUUCUGAGGGGACCCGACUAACUGCGCUGAAAUGGGGUAUGGACGGUCGGACAGCUACCGCGUGGCCACCACGCAGGAGAAGGAUGAGAAGAAGGAGUCGCCCAAGAAGAAGGGAGGCAAGGAUCUGGAUGACCUCAAGAAGGAAGUUCCCAUAACUGAACACAAAAUGUCUGUCGAGGAAGUUUGCCGGAAAUACACCACUGAUAUCGUCCAGGGUUUGACCAAUGCCAAGGCAGCGGAGUACCUGACCAGGGAUGGCCCUAACGCCCUGACUCCACCCCCCACCACCCCAGAGUGGGUCAAGUUCUGUCGCCAGCUGUUCGGUGGCUUCUCCAUCCUGCUGUGGAUCGGUGCUAUCCUCUGCUUCCUGGCCUACGCCAUCCAGGCUGCCACAGAGGACGAGCCCGCUGGGGAUAACUUGUAUCUGGGCAUCGUGCUGUCAGCUGUCGUCAUCAUCACUGGCUGCUUCUCCUACUUCCAGGAAGCUAAGAGCUCCAAGAUCAUGGAGUCCUUUAAGAACAUGGUCCCUCAGCAAGCCCUGGUGAUCCGUGAAGGAGAGAAGAUGCAGAUCAAUGCUGAGCAGGUGGUUGCGGGAGACCUGGUGGAGGUGAAAGGAGGAGACCGGAUCCCCGCUGACCUCCGCAUCAUCUCCUCCCACGGCUGCAAGGUGGACAACUCAUCCCUGACUGGUGAAUCAGAGCCCCAGACCAGGUCACCUGACGGUACCCAUGACAACCCCCUGGAAACCCGCAACAUUGCCUUCUUCUCCACCAACUGUGUCGAGGGAACGGCACGCGGCAUUGUUGUGUGUACUGGUGAUCGUACAGUGAUGGGCCGCAUCGCCACUCUCACCUCGGGCCUGGAGACUGGCAAGACACCCAUUGCCAAGGAGAUCGAGCACUUCAUCCAAAUCAUCACAGGUGUGGCCGUCUUCCUCGGCGUGUCCUUCUUCAUCCUGUCAAUCGUCCUGGGUUACUCCUGGCUGGAGGCCGUCAUCUUCCUCAUUGGUAUCAUUGUAGCUAAUGUGCCCGAGGGACUGCUGGCCACGGUCACUGUGUGUCUGACGCUGACUGCUAAGCGAAUGGCUCGUAAGAACUGCCUGGUAAAGAACUUGGAGGCUGUGGAAACUCUUGGCUCCACCUCCACCAUCUGCUCUGACAAGACGGGCACCCUGACCCAGAACAGGAUGACUGUGGCCCACAUGUGGUUCGACAACCAGAUCCACGAGGCCGACACCACCGAAGAUCAGUCUGGCUCCUCCUUCGACAAAAGCUCCGCAACAUGGGUGUACUUGGCCCGCAUCGCUGCUCUGUGCAACCGUGCUGUGUUCAAAGCUGGCCAGGAUGCUUUGCCCAUCCUUAAGCGUGACGUGGCCGGCGACGCCUCUGAGUCAGCCCUGCUGAAGUGUAUUGAGCUGUCCUGUGGCUCCGUCAAAGCUAUGAGGGAGAAGAACAAGAAGGUGGCUGAGAUCCCCUUCAACUCCACCAACAAGUACCAGCUCUCAGUUCAUGAAAAUGAUGAUGAAAACGACAACCGCUACCUGUUGGUGAUGAAGGGAGCCCCAGAGAGGAUCCUGGACCGCAGCUCCACCAUCAUGGUGCAGGGCAAAGAGCAGCCCAUGGACGAUGAGAUGAAAGAGGCUUUCCAGAACGCCUAUCUGGAACUGGGAGGACUGGGAGAGAGAGUACUGGGUUUCUGCCACAAGUUACUGCCAGAGGACAAGUAUCCCAAAGGUUUUGCCUUUGACACAGAUGACGUCAACUUCGAGACCGACAACCUCUGCUUCGUAGGCCUCAUGUCCAUGAUUGACCCUCCCCGUGCUGCCGUGCCUGACGCUGUGGGCAAAUGCCGCUCCGCUGGCAUCAAGGUUAUUAUGGUGACGGGUGACCACCCAAUCACAGCCAAGGCCAUUGCUAAGGGUGUGGGCAUCAUCUCCGAGGGCAACGAGACAGUGGAAGACAUUGCUGCACGCCUCAACAUCCCUGUCAGCCAGGUCAACCCAAGGGAUGCCAAGGCCUGUGUAAUCCACGGUACAGAUCUGAAAGACCUCGGUCAAGAGCAGAUGGACGAUAUUUUGAGGAACCACACAGAGAUCGUCUUUGCCAGGACCUCCCCACAGCAGAAACUUAUCAUUGUAGAAGGCUGCCAGAGACAGGGUGCCAUCGUGGCUGUGACAGGGGAUGGUGUGAACGACUCUCCUGCCCUGAAGAAGGCUGACAUCGGCGUCGCCAUGGGAAUCUCUGGCUCAGACGUGUCCAAACAGGCUGCCGACAUGAUCCUGCUGGACGACAACUUUGCCUCCAUUGUCACUGGAGUAGAAGAAGGCCGUCUGAUCUUUGACAACCUGAAGAAAUCCAUUGCAUACACUCUGACCAGCAACAUCCCAGAGAUCACCCCCUUCCUGUUCUUCAUCCUGGUCAACAUCCCGCUGCCUCUGGGCACCAUCACCAUCCUCUGCAUCGACCUGGGAACUGACAUGGUACCCGCCAUCUCUCUCGCCUAUGAAGCAGCAGAGAGUGACAUCAUGAAGCGCCAGCCCAGGAACCCACUGAGGGACAAACUGGUCAACGAGAGACUCAUCAGUAUCGCCUAUGGACAGAUUGGUAUGAUCCAAGCUCUUGGCGGGUUCUUUGCCUAUUUUGUCAUCAUGGCUGAAAAUGGUUUCCUGCCGUCUUUGCUUGUCGGCAUCCGGCUCCACUGGGACGAUCGCUCCAACAACGACCUGGAGGACAGCUACGGGCAGCAAUGGACCUAUGAGCAGCGUAAGAUUGUGGAGUUUACUUGCCACACAGCCUUCUUCGUCAGUAUUGUGGUGGUUCAGUGGGCAGAUGUCAUCAUCUGCAAGACCAGACGUAACUCUGUGUUCCAGCAGGGCAUGAAGAAUAAGAUUUUGAUCUUUGGUCUGUUUGAGGAAACAGCUCUGGCUGCUUUCCUGUCCUACACCCCUGGUAUGGACGUGGCACUCCGGAUGUACCCGCUCAAGCCCAGUUGGUGGUUCUGUGCGUUCCCGUACAGUUUCCUCAUCUUUGUUUACGAUGAGAUCCGAAAACUCAUCCUUCGCCGAAACCCCGGAGGCUGGGUGGAAAGAGAGACAUACUAUUAAAUUAUCAAAGCAUCAUUUACUUCUCCCCUGAACGCAUCCCUUCUUCUCUAUCUCCCUUCCCUCUGUCUCUUUCCUCCUUCCCUCCAUCCAUCCCUCCUCUCCUGUCAACAUACUCAAACUCCUCUUCCUCCUCUCCAUCCUCAUCCCCUAAAGAAACAAAAAAAUCAAACGGCAAGACGAUGCGAGGACCAACGACAGAGGAGUAGAGAUGGGGGUAGGGGGGGGUCCUGUUUUUUUUCCUAUCCAAAGUCUAUACAGCACUAGUCUGCCAGUAACACUGAUGUGCCGGUGCUUAUUACUGCACUGUUAGCUGCAGCCACUCUUCAUAUGUGUACUCAAACUACACCGCUGUGUGGAAUCGAAUAAAAGGUUAGAAUCACAAGAAUAAAGACCAAACCCGACCUGUUCCACUGCGACAACUCUUGCCAAGCAGAACAACAACAUGGCAGCUUCCGUUUUAGAUUCUUAACUGGCGAUUUGAGCGGGUGGGUGGCGUCUGUUCGGGGUUUUUUUGUCCUGCCAGAGAAAAGCCACCGAGAUCCAGCUCUUUAAUCACUGCCAACUACGACGUUACUUCUUUUCCUUCUUCCCUCCUUUUCUCUCUUUCUAUUCCUAUGUACUCACUGCCAGUCUUCUACUGCCGUUCUCCCUCCUCCUGCUUCUCUUCUUCCUCCUCCUCUUCUUCUUCCUCUUGUUUCUCCUCUCCUAUUAAUAAAGAAUCAAUCUCUCAUAAACCUUGAGCACUCGCUCACGUCCUCAACAGGGUGGAUAAAAGGUCAUUUCCUCUGACUCCUUCCCUCCUUCUCUGACUCCUUCCCUCCUUCUCUAUCUCCCUCCCUCCCUCCUCCUCCCCCCCCAUGUGUUUUUUUCUGCUUGUGUUGUUGUUGUUGUUUUCUAAAAAGACGACGUGUUUUUUAAGAAACAAAAUUGUUCGUAAAAGUUGUUAAUUUGCGAGUGGGGUCUGAGAGCUGCUUGUUUUCGGACAUGAUAAGGGACACUGUCUGUUCCUCUUCUCUUUCUCUCUCUCUCCCCCCCCCCACCCCCCCCCCCCCUCGCCUGUCUAUCUAUCCCUGUUUGUUCUGUCUGUUUGUGAACACGGUGCAAACCCUCCAUCCCUGUAAACACCCACUUUUACCACCUGCCUCCUCUUAUUCUCCCACCCUUCCUUGCCCCUGCCCCGCAACCUCCGCCCUCAACCCCACCCGACUUCACCCAAAAAUACAAUCUUUCUGUGUCCUCAGAAAAAGAGAUUUCUCUCCGAUUUCAUUAUUUAAAUCAGUGGAAAUAUGGAAUAAGGCACUGUACUUUAACUUGCGAAACAGCAGCAAAAAACAAACAACAAAAUGAAAUAAAAAAGAAGGAUCUCUCUUUUUCAGCUUGGUCUCCAGUAUGUUUUUGUGUGGAGUUUUGGCAGAAAAUGGAAAUAAAUGCUCUGACCAAGUCUUAUUUA